CACCCGCACAACUCCGUCGACAACUAUCUACACUCCACCGACGAUGCUCUGAAAGUGACGAGAUCCACGGCUUUGGUAGAAUCAAUUUUAUUCCAAAUCCGAAAGAAUGGACGAAAGCGCAGAGACGCGCCGCAAGCCGCACAUCCAAAACAUCCUCGUUCGCCGUCACACUGAGCCCGGUCUUGCAGCAGCCUUUUGUUCUUCUUGAUUUGCUUUGAAGUUGUGUUGUUGUGGUUGUUGUUGUUGCUGUAGUUGUUAGCUGCUGCUCUUGAGAAUACCUGCUCUUCAUCUCUUCUAGCAGAGUCGUGCGGAUAUGGUCUGGACUGCUCCGAAACGACGAGGCCGCACACUGCGGAUCCUCCGCAUGUACUAUACUCCAUACCGUCGCUUCAUCCUCUACGCUCUUGCGCUCCUCGUCAUCAUCCGCUAUCUAUAUCUCUCCUUCCACACCACCCACCCUACAGUCCAAUUCAACUUCAAAGAACACCCUCUCCCGCACUCCGCCACCCUGCGCAGCCAAGCGCGCGCCGACGAAAUAAAAAAGGAGUUCAAAUGGGCCUUUGACCGCUACCGAGCCGUCGCGUGGGGCAAAGACGAAGUCCUCCCGGUCUCGGGCGGCUUCAAGACCACGCGCAACGGCUUCGCGGCCACGCUCGUCGACUCGCUCACCACCGCGCUCGUCAUGAACCUGACGCAGGAAGCCACGCUCACGCUCGACUACGUGCUCAACAAACUCGAUUUCUCAAAACACGACGAAAAAGACUACCUCAUGGACCCGUUCGAGACGACGAUCCGAUACCUGGGCUCGCUUGUCUCGGCAGCUGAUAUCCUGGCCUCGACCGACAUCUUUGGGCCGAUUCCCAAUCAAGAAAAGUACCGCACCGCGUGCCUCGAAAAAGCAAUUGACCUCGCUCACAUCAUCGCGCCCGCAUACGACACCCCGACAGGCAUUCCCUGGCCUCGCGUCGAUCUGUCGCGCAAAAUCGGCGUGCACGAGGACAGCGAUCCCGAGUACGCCUCCAUGAGCCGCGAGGUGUCGCCCACGCUCGGUCCGGCGCGGAUCGGCUCGAACUGGCUUGAAAACUACCGGCUUUCGAAACUCGUGGGAAAUAAGGAGUACGUCACGAACGCGACGCGGUCGUGGUCGUCGCUGGUGUGGAAUUCCAACGACGAGCUCUUUGACGGGUUGAUCAGCUCGCCUAUCGACGCGUUCACGGGCUACGCCGUCGGGAAAUCCGUGUCGUUGGGUGCGGGACAUGACUCGUACUACGAGUAUCUCAUCAAGGCCGCGAUCCUCGCGCCGUCCGAUAAGCACGCGUCCAUGUACUCUCACCGCUGGGAACAGGCCAUGCAGUCUACAAGACUACAUCUCGCGCACCGCGGCUCCGCGCCUCAGUCAUACACCUCCGACGGCCAUCGUCCUGAGAACGGGUACCUGUUCAUCGCCCACGUGGAAUCGGAUCUGUACUACAACGAGAUGGGCCAUCUAACCUGCUUCCUUCCUGGCAAUCUUCUUCUCGGCGGCAAGUUCCUCAGCCGACCGGACUUGAUCGACUUUGGCCUCGACGUGCUCGACACCUGCCAUGCUACAUACGUCAUGCCCACAAACCUAGGCCCCGAGUCCUUCGUCUGGGAAGCGUACAGUAAAGAGAGCGAAGAGCUCGACGGCGGCAUGGAGACCGUGCGCUGGGCGAUCGAAAAACCGGGUCCACACGAGCUCGAGCAAGUCCGCAAACUUGGCUUCUGGGUCUCGGACGCGCGAUACUUUCUCCGGCCCGAGGUCAUCGAGUCGUAUUACUACGCCUUCCGCAUCACCGGCGACGAGAAGUACCGGGAGUGGGCAUGGGCGGCGUACACUGGUCUCAAGCGGUUCUGCAAGGCGAAGUUUGGAUACGGCGAGGUGCAGGACGUGACGUUGCCGGAUGGGGGAGGGACGGUUGUGGAUUCAUCCGAAAGCUUCUUUUUGGCGGAGACGUUGAAGUAUCUGUUUAUGAUCUUUGAUGAUCCGGAGAGAAUGCCGCUUGAUAAAUGGGUGUUUAGUACUGAGGCUCACCCCUUCCGCAUUGACUGAGUCCACACCACUCCCCAGCUGGCACAACUGAGUAUUCUAAAAUAGUUUGGCAAAUACAAUAAAACACCGAGCAUACAAAGAUCAGGACAGACAAUGAGAAUCGCCGCAUCAACCGCGGCGGUCUCCUUUGCGCUGAAGUAAACAAUUACGUAACCAACCUCAGCGACGGAAAGACACA